AUGCUAGUUCUGGAACCGGAUGAAGUUGGCUCUUGCUAUGGUCGGAAUUUCGUCCCCACUCCUAACGUGUGUGCCGAAGCGCUGAACCCCAGUGUGAUGAGCAGAACUACCCAUCAAAAUGGAGGCCUGCAAGUAAGAGGAGGAAGAGGGAGGAGACAGAACACAGAAAUCUUCUGAGUGGCUUUGGUGACAGGUGGGUAGGAGUCACUACCUGCCAUUUGCAUGUAAGUGUUUUUGUUCCUCUUGUUUAUUGGUCCUAUUUACGCCUGUGUAUCCAGGAUCUUCAAAAUCCAGGUAAGAAGCACAGUGAAAAACUCAUUCACUGCAAGCUUGGCCCCAUCCAUCAGUACCAAUGAAGAGAGACAAAUCAAGAUAGAAAGACAUCAUUACCAUCUCUAUUGACAGUAGUACUAUGUACUAAUGAA